UGCCCCACUUUGGAGAUCGAGGCUGCAGUUCGAGGCUGACCAUGUCCAGGAAUUACUCCGAUACGAGUAACAGAAAAGAACAUGUCAGGAUUACAGCUGACCAGCAGCCCGGCUUCUUGGAGCGCCUCAGCGAAACGUGGGGGGGCAUGUUUGUUGGCUUGAUGACGUUUCUACUCUCCUUCUACCUGAUCUUCACUAAUGAGGGUCGGGCGCUGAGGACGGCCACUUCCCUGGCUGAGGGGCUGUCUCUCGUGGUUCCCCUCAACACCAUCCAUAGUGUGGCCCCCGAGAAUGACGGGAGACUCGUGCACUUGAUAGGCUCUCUUCGGACAUCCAAGCUCUUGUCUGAUCCCAACUACGGGGUCUUCAUCCCUGCAGUGAAACUGAAGCGACAGGUGGAGAUGUACCAGUGGGUGGAGUCGGAAGAGUCCAGGGAGUACACAGAAGACGGGCAAGUGAAGACGGAGACGAGAUACUCCUACAAUACCGAGUGGAAAUCUGAAAUUGUAAACAGCAGGAACUUUGACCGAGAGAUCGGGCAUAAAAAUCCCAGCGCAAUGGCUGUGGAGUCCUUCACGGCCGUGGCUCCUUUCGUGCAGAUCGGCCGCUUCUUCCUCUCUGCAGGCCUCAUUGACAAAAUCGACAACUUCAAGCCACUGAGCCUGGCCCACAUGGAGGACCCCCACGUCGACAUCAUCCGGCGAGGAGACUAUUUCUAUCACAGCGAGAACCCCAAGUAUCCCGAAGUUGGAGACGUGCGCGUGGCGUUUUCCUACGCUGGCCUGAGUGGUGACGACCCCAACCUAGGCCCGGCUCACGUGGUCACUGUGAUUGCUCGCCAGCGUGGAGACCAGCUGGUCCCGUACACCACCAAGGCUGGAGACACCCUCCUUCUUCUGCACCAUGGAGACUUCACUGCAGAGGAGGUGUUCCAGAGAGAACAUCAGAGCAAUACAAUGAAAACCUGGGGCUUUCGUGGUGCUGGCUGGAUGGCCAUGUUUGUGGGCAUCAACCUUAUGACUCGGAUCCUCUAUACCUUGGUGGACUGGUUUCCACUUUUCCGAGACUUGGUCAACAUCGGGCUGAAAGCCUUUGCCUUUUGUGUUGCCACAUCCCUGACCCUGCUGACAAUUUCUGCUGGCUGGCUUUUCUACCGUCCUCUCUGGGCACUGGCCAUUGGCUUGCUGGCCAUAGUUCCUGUCCUUAUUGCUCGAACCCGAGUACCACCAAAAAAACAGGAGUGAAGAACAUAUGGGGUCCUGGACUGUUUUCACCUCAGAAUUUAGGAGAAUCUGGUCCUGGAGACCAUUGGAAACCAUUGCAUCCCACCCAGCUGAAAGCUAUCACCACAUCCUCAUGCCUGCAGGUCACCAGCUCCACCCGGCAGAACAAUUGAACAGGACCUCUUGGAAACUUCAUACGUUUCUCUUCCGCCCUGCACAUUCCUGACUUAGGGACUUGACUGUCUGUCUCUGGUAUUUGAGCAAACUAGGAAGAAUCCUCCUUUUUUCUAAUUGGCACCUUGGGUCGGUGGCAGAGCUGCCACCACUGGCUUUUUUGAGUUACCUUUGUUGGAAGAGUUUGUUCUUUGGGGAAGAAGGAGUCACUGCAGGGUUCGAUCUGGAUUCUACUUCUGAGCUUCCUGAGGGAGACCUUUUAUUCAGCUGUAGGGCUAGAGGUGAAAAUGCCAUAAAAUCCACAGUAAAAGGUGCCAAGUAUUAUUAAG